AUGACCGACUUGCUGCAGCUCCUACCGGACUUCCCCGUUAGGCAAUUUUCUGGACUUGUGCAGAGUCUGGAACGACAUCAGAUAUCUACCACCGAACUUCUGACUUUGGAUGUUGUCGACAUCGGCAAACGCACCCAACUGCCGCUGCUCGAUAUUAAGAGACUCUGUGCAGCUGUUGUCGACGCCCUUCAUCGCGACUUCAGCCCCUCUAACCGUCAGCCAGGUGACAACCCGCCUCUGAAGCGUUCGCUUACAGACCUGGAAAACCAAUGGUCCACUAUCAGCACCCUCGACGAUGACCUAGACCGGGCUCUAGGGGGAGGAGUCCCGACUGGUUAUGUGACGGAGAUUACUGGAGAAAGCGGCGCCGGGAAAACGCAGUUUCUCCUGUCAUUGCUGCUUGCCGUUCAACUGCCACCGCCGUAUGGACUAGGUCGCCCUGCUUUGUACAUCACGACAGAGGCCCAGCUGUCUACAAGACGGCUGUCACAAAUGCUGUCAGCCAAUCCGCGGCUAGCAGAUCUUCCGCUGGAGCAGCGGCCGACGUUUGACGCCAUCUCGAGCACUUCUACGCCUGAUCUAGAGUCGCAGGAGCACAUCCUCCAAUUUCAAGUUCCCGUGGAGGUAGAGAGACGUAACAUCGGCCUCAUCGUUCUCGAUUCUGUGGCAUCCAACUACCGUGCAGAAUUUGACCGAGGCGCAAUCAGCAACCAGGGAUUGAAUAUGGGGACCCGCAGCAACGAACUGACGCGACUGGGCGCUCUGCUUAGAGAGCUGGCGCAGAAGUACAAUCUAGCUGUCGUGGUGUCCAACCAGGUCGCGGAUCGAUUCUCCAGCCCGCUCGCAAUUUCUAGAAUGCCACCGCCUAGCAGUCAUGUGGGGUUUACCCAGGAGAGCCCUUUGGCAUCAAGAAGUAGAGGACCGCUUAUUUUCUCUCCCUCGGCCGUUGAACCCUCUUCAUCCAUGGCCGAGCAGUUGCGCUCCAGUAUGCCUGAACCUCCCGGCUUGGACGAUUUUGGCCCACCAGCGCCGCCCGCUUUGGCAUUGGACCACCAACAACGAUGGUUUACAGGUUGGGGCGAUGACCCUUUUGCUGAUUAUGGACUCAAGACGCCAAGUCUUGGUUUAGUGUGGUCUACUCAGAUUGCAUGUCGCAUCGCGCUUUUCAAAAAGCCAGUUUAUGGAGUACAUCGACAUGUGAAUGAUGAGGCCGACGACCGGGGCAUGCCAGCGCUCAAGAACUGGCGUCGAUGGAUGAAAGUUGUCUUCGCUCCGCAUGCCAAAGCGACAGGACAUGGCGUGGACGGUGCUGUUGAGUUCGCGGUGACCAUGGCCGGUUUGAAGGCCAUCCCAAAGAAGACCUCUAGAGUGCAGCGUUUGGCAGAGGUGUUUCACACAAUAUCAACAAGGGAGACUCUGGAUCCUGAUAUUAAGGACUACAACGCAGCCCCAGCAGGUGCUUACAAAAUCCGCACGAUAGAGCUCGAUGGAAAGACGGUGAAGCUGCAGAUCUGGGAUACUGCUGGCCAGGAGCGUUUCCGCACCAUCACCUCUUCCUACUACCGUGGUGCCCACGGCAUCUGUGUCGUCUACGAUGUCACCGACAUGGACUCUUUCAACAACGUCAAGCAGUGGCUGCAGGAGAUUGACAGAUAUGCCACCGAGGGCGUCAACAAGCUGCUCGUCGGCAACAAGAGCGAUAUGUCUGACAAGAAGGUUGUCGAGUACACUGUUGCCAAGGAGUUCGCCGACAGCUUGGGCAUUCCAUUCCUCGAGACUUCUGCCAAGAACGCCAGCAACGUCGAGCAGGCUUUCCUGACCAUGGCCCGCCAGAUCAAGGAGCGCAUGGGCAGCACGACCGCGAACAACACGAAACCCAGCGUGCAGGUUGGGCCCGGCCACGGCGUCUCCUCGAACUCGGGCGGCGGCUGCUGCUAA